UUGGGUCUACAGUGGUUCAGCAGCCGCUGGGCCUGUGGCUGGGGGACUGAGGGUUGGCAGACAGAGAGGAAGCUGGGGGGAUGCAGAGACACCUUUUUCUCCAGAGUGAAGGAGCUCAGCACUUUGGGAGGAGGGGAUGGAUCAGCUCAUUUCUGGCAACUCCAUUUUGGGAGUAUGUGUUUGGUUUCCCUUUCCCUCUUCGAUAAUUGGGCUUCUUAGAGUUUCUGGGCACAUCAGUGUUCAGAUCCCACCCACCCACCACCCCUGCCAAGAUGCAAAGCCACCUCCUGAAUCGACAGGAGUGUAUGUGGUGGGGGGCGGGGGGAGGUUGGAGCACAGCUGUAAUUGCGGGCUUUUAUUUCUUCAUUGUAUCUUGUGAGCGCUUACAAGGGGAGGGAAGGUGAAGGUAGGCAGUCUACCGGGAUUUAUAGGACUUGGGCUUUUUGCAAAAGCACAGUCGGGGAAUCAUUAACCCUCCCCUGCCUCCACCUUCAGAUUGGUAUUCCCCAUCCCCCCACUGAGGCAGUCGCCUUCUCCGGCUGUGUCCUUCCCCUCCGCGUCCAAGCCGAGGCUACAGAGCUGAAGCCCUCGCUUGGACCAGUCCCAGGCUCCUCACAUUUAGGUCAGGGCCCCGAACUGGUCGUUCUGGUUUCGCGUUCGCGUGAGCUCCUGACCCCCUACCGCCACCCCGUCCUCACAUCACACACCUCUCGGCACACGUCAGUUUUAUUGAGAAACUUUAGACUUGCAAAGACCUUGUGACUAGAGGGAGGGACUCAGACAAGCUUCGAAAUCCUUUUUCCUGAAGGGGAACGCUUUUAAAUGCUAAGUAAAAGCCCACCUAGGUAUCGGGAAGGGGUCGCGGGCGGAGGUGCAGGACACCUGGAGCGUGGAAGUCCGGAUGCGGUGCGAGGGUCUGCGUCGCAAGCCGCCCACUAGAGCUCCCAGCCAGGGGCAGAUGGGGGGGGGGGGUCCCUCAAGUUGAAAGACAAGGGAACCACGCUAGCGUGAGUCAGCGCUGCCCCAGGGGCCCUCCGCCCCUUGGAGGUGGGUCGUAUACCGGGAGCGGAGUAGAGUAGGCCGGGAGAAACUGGGCCAGCCAGCACUUUUAGCUCGAGGGGCCUCGAGGACUCUUCGCGUCCCUGGAGACAAGGGCACUACACGCACUUCAUAAUGAACAGUUUCUAGGGGGAAGUAAACAGCAGGCGGAGCCAGGCUCACGGACGUAGGCCAGGCCCUCAUCGCCCCAUUCUCAGGCGGGAGCAUGCUGGGCCUCAGAGGGCUGCGGCUCCCCCCGGCGGGGAUCCUGCUCCUGUUGCCGUUCCUGCCGCCGCUGCUGCUGCCAGCAGCCCCUGCGCCCCAUCGCGCUUCCUACAAACCGGUCAUCGUGGUACACGGGCUCUUUGACAGCUCAUACAGCUUCCGCCACCUGCUGGAAUACAUCAACGAGACACACCCUGGGACUGUGGUGACUGUGCUCGAUCUCUUCGAUGGAAGAGAGAGCUUGCGACCCUUGUGGGAACAGGUGCAAGGGUUCGGAGAGGCUGUGGCCCCCAUCAUGGCAGAGGCCCCUGAAGGGGUGCAUCUCAUCUGCUACUCGCAGGGGGGCCUGGUGUGCCGGGCACUGCUGUCCGUCAUGGAGGAGCACAACGUGGAUUCUUUCAUCUCUCUCUCCUCUCCACAAAUGGGACAGUAUGGAGAUACGGACUAUUUGAAGUGGCUCUUCCCUACCUCCAUGAGGUCUAACCUCUACCGGAUCUGCUACAGCCCCUGGGGCCAAGAAUUCUCCAUCUGCAACUACUGGCACGACCCCCACCAUGAUGACUUAUACCUCAAUGCCAGCAGCUUCCUGGCCCUGAUUAAUGGGGAAAGAGAUCAUCCCAAUGCCACUGCAUGGAGGAAGAACUUUCUUCGUGUGGGCCGCCUGGUGCUGAUUGGGGGUCCUGAUGAUGGUGUUAUUACCCCCUGGCAGUCUAGCUUCUUUGGUUUCUAUGACGCCAAUGAGACGGUCUUGGAGAUGGAGGAGCAACCGGUUUAUCUGCGGGAUUCUUUUGGGUUGAAGACACUCUUGGCCCGGGGAGCCAUAGUGAGGUGUCCGAUGGCUGGGAUCGCCCACACGGCCUGGCACUCCAACCCCUGCAGUUUGGAGUCAAGGAGAACCAUGGGGUCCAGGAAUGAGCUGUACAUUGUCUUCGGCGGACUGUCAUUCCUCCUGCUACUGAUGUCAGCCCAGGGGGCCAAGGGCGGAUCCCUCAAAGAGAGUCAGGGCGUCUGCUCCAAGCAGAUGCUGGUGGUCCCCCUCCACUACAACGAGUCCUACAGCCAGCCAGUGUAUAAGCCCUACCUGACUGUGUGCAAUGGACGGCGCAUCUGCAGCACCUACAGGACCACAUACCAAGUGGCAUGGAGGGAGGUGAGGAGAGAGGUGCAGCAGACCCACGUUGUGUGCUGCCAGGGCUGGAAGAAGCGACAUCCGGGGGCGCUCACCUGUGACGAAGCCAUCUGCGCCAAGCCCUGUCUGAACCGAGGCAUCUGUGUCAGGCCAGAGCAGUGCGAGUGCGCCCCAGGCUGGGGUGGGAAGCACUGUCAUGUGGACGUGGAUGAAUGUAGGACUGGCGUCACCCUCUGCUCGCACCACUGUGUCAACACGGCAGGCAGCUUCACCUGCGGCUGUCCCCAAGGUCUGGUGCUGGGCCAGGACCGGCGCACUUGCGCAGAGGGUGUCCUGGAGCCGCCAACCGGUGCCAGCAUCCUCAGCGUGGCGGUUCGGGAAGCUGAACAUGACAAGCAUGACUUGAGGCAGGAGAUUCGGGAGCUGCGAGGGCGCCUGGAGCGGCUGGAGCAGUGGGCUGGUCAGGCGGGGGCCUGGGUCCGGGCUGUGCUGCCCAUGCCCCCUGAAGAGCUACAGCCGGAAAAGGUGGCAGAGCUGUGGGGCCGCAGUGACAGGAUAGAGUCUCUGAGUGACCAGGUGCUGCUGCUGGAGGAGAGGCUGGGCGCCUGUGAGUCCUCCUGCCCCUCUCUGCUUGAACCCCCAUCACCCAGUAGAUGCCCCCAGCUGUCCCAGAUACCUUUCUGUAGUUCAACUUUCUCUUUUCCCCAAGCCCUUUCCCAACACUUAAGUCUCCCCACACUGUCCCUAGAUAGCCAUACUUGACCCUUUUUGGUACCCUGUCCCCAAACGACUUAUUGUUGGGUGAGAGUCUCUCCAGUGCUCUGGCAGCCCCAGCUGCAGCCAGUGUGUCUGCUUGCUUCCUUGUCAUUCAUCAGGCUCCUGUGAGGACAACAGCCUGGGCCCAGGCCUCAGACGGCUGAAAAGGAACCUCUCCAGAGCCCGGGUCCCCUAAUUUAUACAGAAACUGGCCCCACUAAUCAUCUGGGAUGGCCAGGUGGGGAAGUGCAGAUAAGGUUAUCUGCCACUAAGGAGCAGUGAGUGAUGGAAACUUCCAGAGCUGAGGAAGUGGGGGAUGAUGGAUGCCUUGGGCCCACCCGAGUCUUCUGGCUGGGGUAAGGUUGCUUGGGUGAGAACCACUUUAAUGCCUUCACAAAUGCAGCCAGAAAGUGCCCAGAUCUCUCUCUCUCUCAGUCUUUAUUCUCGGUUUCUUGCUGUUAUCCAGAUAAUAAAAACCAACCACGCAAAACUG